AUGGAGCUUGGAGAGAUAGCUGUGGUUGAACAUCCCAGUGAGAGGCAGUUGUACACGGAGCAGAAGCCAAGAGCCCAGGACCUGCUGGGGAGAAGCAGAAAUCGGAUCCACCAAGUUUUCGGGUAUCUCACAGGAGAAAUGAAAGAAUAUGGCGAAUGGAUGAAAAAUAAGCCCCUAAUGGUCCAGCUGGUGGACUGGAUCUUGCGAGGGACCUCUCAGGUGAUGUUUGUCAACAACCCUCUCAGUGGGCUGAUCAUUUUAGUGGGUAUCUUCAUCCAGACCCCAUGGUGGAUGCUCACGGGCUGUACUGGAAUGACCGUGUCGACACUAACUGCGCUGGCCCUCAGUCAGGACAGAUCCGCCAUCGCAGCUGGGCUGCACGGCUAUAACGGUAUCUUGGUGGGACUGCUCAUGGCCGCCUUCUCUGACAAAGGGGAUUACUACUGGUGGCUUCUUCCUCCUGUGGCAGUUAUAUCAAUGGCCUGUCCAAUCCUGUCCAGUGCUUUGGGAUCCAUCUUCAGUAAAUGGGACCUUCCUGUCUUCACUCUGCCCUUCAAUAUCGCGGUGACUUUGUACUUUGCAGCCACAGGACACUACAACCCCUUCUUCCCUACAACCCUCAUCAAGCCUGUAGCAUCAGUGCCCAAUAUCACCUGGUCAGCAAUCAAUGUGCCACUGCUCUUGCAAUCCAUCCCAGUCGGUGUUGGUCAAGUGUAUGGUUGUGAAAACCCCUGGACUGGAGGCAUCUUCCUUGUUGCUUUACUUAUCUCCUCCCCACUUAUUUGUUUACAUGCUGCAAUUGGAUCGACAGUGGGGAUGUUUGCAGCACUGAGCAUUGCAUCACCAUUUGACAGCAUCUACCUUGGCUUACACAAUUACAACUGCGCACUCGCAUGCAUUGCGAUUGGGGGCAUGUUCUAUGCCUUGACCUGGCAGACUCAUUUGCUGGCACUUGCCUGUGCAUUAUUUUGUGCCUACUCUGGAGCAGCUCUUGCUAAUGCCCUAUCUGUGCUUGGGCUGCCACUCUGCACCUGGCCUUUCUGCUUCUCCGCGCUUCUCUUUUUGCUGAUAAAUUCAGGCAACCCAGCCAUCUACAAAAUCCCCCUCUGCAAAGUCACCUACCCAGAAGCCAACCGGAUCUACUACCUGAGAAUGAAGAGAAGAGCAUCAGAGAGCAGGAGAGAAGAGCAGAAACGAAAGGAGCAGAAACCCUCUGCUACAACAUACACAGGGACUCUGGUAAAAUUUAGGUCCUACUUCCUCCCCUCUCUGGAUGACAACAGAUUUGAGAUUCCACCUGGCAGGACAGCCUCACACAUGCAGGGUCAGAACAUCAACAUGGAAAAUAGUGUUGAUGUCAAGAUAGAAACCAAGGGGGAAAGAAAGCCAAUAAAGCAGAAUCCACUGAGCAAAGCUGGGAAGAGAGUCUGCAGAGCUGUUGGGUACAUCACUGGAGACAUGAAGGAAUUUGGAGCCUGGCUAAAAGAUAAACCUCUCAUGAUCCAGUUUAUUGACUGGGUGUUGCGUGGGAUAUCUCAGGUGAUGUUUGUCAACAAUCCCCUCAGUGGGCUUAUCGUAGUGGCUGGUUUCCUGGUGCAGAACCCGUGGUGGACACUCACAGGCUGUUUAGGAACAGUUGUCUCAACUUUAACAGCACUUAUUCUGGGUCAGGACAGAUCAGCCAUUGCAGCAGGCCUGUACGGCUAUAACGGGGUCUUGGUGGGAUUGCUCAUGGCCGUCUUCUCUGCUAAGGGAGACUACCACUGGUGGCUUCUGCUGCCUGUAGCACUGGUGUCCGUGACGUGCCCUGUUUUCACCAGCGCUUUAGGCUCUGUCUUCUGUAAGUGGGAUCUGCCUGUUUUCACCUUGCCUUUCAACUUGGCCUUGACCCUCUACCUGGCUGCAUCAGGUCCCCAUAACUACUUCUUCCCUACAACUGUCAUUCAGCCUGCAACAGCAACACCAAACAUCACAUGGACGGAUGCUGAAAUGCCAAUGCUCCUGCAAUCCAUUCCAGUCGGGGUGGGUCAGGUUUAUGGCUGCAAUAACCCCUGGACUGGAGGAAUUUUCCUAAUUGCUUUAUUUAUCUCUUCCCCGCUCAUUUGUCUGCAUGCGGCAAUUGGAUCAGCAGUGGGGAUGCUGGCAGCACUGAGCUUAGCAACACCUUUUAGCAAAAUCUACUCCGGCUUGUGGGGCUACAACAGCUCCCUCUCAUGCGUUGCGAUCGGAGGCAUGUUCUACGCUUUCACCUGGCAGACACAUUUGCUGGCAAUUGCCUGUGCGCUCUUCAGUGCCUACCUGGGAGCAACAGUGACUAACAUGAUGUCUGUGUUUGGGGUGCCAUCAGGAACCUGGUCUUUUUGCUUGUCUGCACUGACCUUCCUGUUAAUAACCACAGACAACUCUGCCAUCUACAAGCUACCGCUCUCCAAAGUCACCUAUCCAGAAGCCAACCGAGCUUAUUAUCUGAAGAUGAAGAAACAUCAGAGGUCUUGCUGUGAGGUAUAAAGACCCAAGAGGAGAGAUACUUCACAGAUUUAAGGCAAAAGUGCAAGGUGUUUCCCAAAAAAACAUUAUUUGUGUGCUACAAAGUCAAAAGACCAAAAAAAAAAUCGCCACCUUCUGAGUGGAGAGACUUUUUUCACCACAUUCGUUUUUUCUGUCCUGAUUAGAUAGGACUGUGCUGUGCUGGAAGGACCUUUCCCAAGACCAGUCUGUAAUGAUUUAAAAGCAAGUAUGCCUGAAAAGACACUUGAAUUUUAAGCAGUGGGGAAAUGACUUAGAAAUUGGAAAAAAAAAAAAAAAUCUAUUUGUGAAAUCCAAGUCACAGCAAGCGGACGUAAAGCAAUAAAGAGCAGAGCAUCUCUCAGCAUCUGAUGCGACUCCUAAUAAAUGGCUAAAACCAGCUUACAAUGGCAACAGGAUAUGUCUUAGAGAGGUUCAUAGUAGCAGAGAAGUGGAAUAAAGGGUACCCUCUGCCAAAUAGAAAAUAGGUGGUGAAGAACUCUGCCUGGAGGAUCUCUCAAGCCUGGUGGAGAGAGAUGUGCACUGGCAAUCAUCACACAAGAGAUGGACACAGAUAAAUUGCAGGCAGUGUUGCUAACACUUGCAAGACUUGUGGUAAAAAUCACACUAAUGGCAUGGAGGGGGUGUCUAUAAGCCCCAGCUUUUGGAUGUUUUGAUUUGCACUAGGAUUUAACAUUUUCAUGAAAAAAAUGUUUCAAGCCUACCCAGUUGCAGAGAAAAGUCUGUAAACCCAAGGCCAAGAAAGCAAAUGCCGGUGAAAAGAAUGUUUUUCUACAAAAAAAUGUAAGAAUUUUCAUGAUUUUAUGUUAAUCUCAUGAUUUCUCUUAAUACUUGAACUUGGUCAUGGGUUAGCACAGGAGGGGACAGCAGCAAAGUCAUUGCUGCCCCUUUCCUAUGCAAUAAAAUGGCUCCGUUCAGUCGGUGCACAAGUAGAACUAAUUUGAGCUGGUCUUCUUGACCUCUCUCCCUACAACAUCCCCCUCAGCCCAUUCGUGUCAAGCAGCAAAACGGUGCACUGCCCCAGUCUGCUGCCGAAUUUGCUGCUCUGCCAUCUCCCUCCACACUGCGACUGGAAGAGGAUGGUCGGGGGGCUGGUGGACACAGCAGAGCUCUGCAGCAGACCAGCCAUGUGUCACCUCCGCAGAGGCUCCCGGGGUCUGCAGGUAGGGAAGGAGGAAGCUGACCUUGCACCCAACAGUGCUGGUCACCUCAAUGGGUGCUAACUCAGCCACCUUUCUGCCUGGCUCAUCGAGAUACUUCAUCUCAUGAUGAAGCUGACAUCUUCACCACAAAUACUCCGUGUGCUCAGGUCCUUCAGUUGGCCUUAGCCUACGUGCAGCAACAUUGCUCCUGGGAAAGCUGAACAAAACCUGUUCCUCUUGUAGCAGAGGAAAUAAAAAGUAGCCUGUGAAUAGUGCUAGUGCCGAUUUUAGAGGUUGGGGAAAAAAAAAAAAACAUGUCUUUUUAUGAACACCAAAAAGAUCUGAGUGAAAAAUAUUUGGGAUGAACUGCUGGCAGUAUUUUCUGGUGAAGUGUUAGGUUUUCAGAUGU